CCGCCGCGGAGUGGGCAGGACGCGAGGUAUCAUGGAGGAUCAGUGAGCAAACUGUGGCCAGCAGAGACGAGCAAGCCACGCUCUUGUCCCGGGGACGUUCUUCUCACUAUAGCCGCCUUAUUUACUCCCUCGUCGCCGCCGACUUAAAAUAUUUCGCGAUGGACAUGAAGAAGAGGAUCAUGCUGGAGCUGGGGAACCGAGAUCCGGCAGAGGUGGCCGAGAUGGUGGUGGACAACAGUGCCUCGGUGAGUGGCGAAGUCGAAGGUCUCUCGGACAAGUUUGUCGAGCUGGAGGUCCUCCGCAUGAUCAACGUCGGUCUGAAUUCCCUGGCCAAGCUGCCCUCGCUGCCCAAACUCCGCAAGCUGGAGCUGAGUGAAAACAACCUGUCGGGUUCUUUCGAGACAUUGUCGCAAAAAUGCCCCAACCUGAUCUACCUCAACCUGAGCAGCAACAAGAUUAAGGAGCUGAGAAACGUGGAGGCGCUGCAAAACCUGAAGAACCUUCAGAGUCUGGACCUGCUGAACUGCGAGAUCACGUCGUUGGAUGAUUACCGCGACAGCGUUUUCGAGCUCCUGCCGCAGGUCACCUACCUGGACGGCUUCGACCAGGAGGAGAACGAGGCGCCCGACUCGGAGGUCGACGAUGAAGACGAGGACGACGAGGACGAGGCGGGCCCGACGGGCGACUACGAGGACGAGGACGGCGAGGACGAGGCGGGCCCGACGGGCGACUACGAGGAGGACGACGACGACGACGACGGCUCGGAGGGAGGCGAGGUGGGGCUGAGCGUUCGUGGGAAGAGGGCCACGCAUCAGGAGGAGGAAGAUGACGACGAGGAGGAUGAUUAUGGCGAGGAGGAGGAAGAGGAAGACGAGCGAGCGGACGCUCAGGGACAGAAGAGGAAGAGAGACGUGGAGGACGACGGCGAGGACGACGUGGAGGGCGACGGCGACGACUACGUGGAGUACGACUGCGAGGACGACGAAGAUGACGACUAGCCGUGCCGUCGUCGUGUGCGUGUGUGGGUGCGCGUGCGAGCGUGCGUGUCCCGUCCUAUGCUAGACGUCAUCCCCUCUGGCCCCGCCCCCACCCCCCACCCCAUCCCCUACUUUACAUAAGGUUGCAAAAGGGGAGAAAAAUUUCCAUGGGAAUUAACUAUUUAACAGAGGUAAGGUAUCAUAUUCAAGCAAAAAUAACAUUUAGUUUAGUUCUAAGCAGACAUCAUGGCAAAAUACUGAAAAGUACUUUUAUUGCUCAGUUUUUUUAAAUAUAUAUUUUUAAGUGGCAGCCUAUUCAAAGGUCGCUCAUAACUAAAAUGUUUUGCUCGCAGAACUCGGCAAAAACUCAGCUGAGCGAUGGCACGUAACUCGAAUAAUUAAGUUGGAGCACUUGUACGCGCAAGGUACAGCGGACCCCCGCAUAUUCGUGGCGUGGCGCUCACAAAUUCACCUAUUUGAACCUUUUUCAUUUAAUGCGGUGUUUUAUGGAACGUAACCCCCCCCCCCCCCCCCCCCCCCCCCCCCCCCCCCCCCCCCCCCCCCCCCCCCCCGGUGAUGAACGAGGGUUUACGUUGACAUUGGUCUGAGCGCACACACAAACACAAAUAGGUGAAUUUUCCAGCAAUAAACAAAACGAAAACAAAACAAUUGGUAAAUUCGCAAAUGCCAAACCUCAAAUAUAGACUUCCCUAUUGAGAGCCAAACUUCACUUGUGUUCAUUCCCAUGGAAACUUUGCAACUUUGCAAACCGCUUUUAUUUUGCAACCCAACCUUCAAGCCACUUCCUGUUUGAAACGCAGCUGAACUACAUGAAUGACUGCCACACACAAGAUGGCGGCCACGUUGGCUUUGGGAUCUUUGGGACAUUUUUUUUUUUUUGCCAAGUCAUCAAACCAGUGGGGAUUCUUCAUCAAUCCUCAUGACAUCGCCAACUUGGACAUGUUUUUUUUUUUUUUUUUUUUUUUUUUUUUUUUUUUCUUCCCUUCUCCAAGGGAAAAAAAGACUGAGCACAAAAAGUCAUCUGAUCUUUGAGGACUUUCAUUUUUUUCCCCAACACAAACCAAAGUCGGCGUACUUAAGAGCGCCUCCCUUCAGGAUACCUUGUGGUUGUGGAUCAGGAUCUUCUAUCUCCAUUUUCGCCCGAGGAUCACAUGACUAUCCUGCCCCGCCCACCUUUUUAGAAAUAUGCACGCCACCGGAUGCUCCUCUUAUUAUUAUUCCUUGUGUGUGUGUGUGUUUUAUUGUAGCUUUUUACACGCUCAGUGACUUUUUCUUUUCCCCUUUUUUUUUUUUUCCAGUCAAGUGAUGUUGUGAAAUAUUCCAAUAAAGUUAAGUCGAGUCGCAGCAAAGCAUUGUGGGAUAAGGGAAAACAUUUUUAAAAUAAUUUGACAACAAAAAAGCAAUAUUUCUAGAUUUCUACAAAGAUAAAGUUGCUUUUUUUGUGAUCGAUUGAUGUAGUUUAAUUUGUUGGGCGGCAGCAGAAGCUCAGCGGCUGUUUUUCCUUUUUGUCACUGACAUCAAAAUAAAUGUGUGUGUUUGUGCGUGUGUGUCUGUGUGUGUGCGCGCGCUGCUAUAAACAUUUAUUAAAAAAAAACAUGAAAUAUGUGUGUACAUAAGUUUUUAUGCUAUUCAGGUCUGAUAGAAAAUGGAAAUAAAGUCAUGUAGUUGAA